AUGGAAAACAUUGCAAGUCCAAAAGGUAGUUUAGUCCUUUCCAGUCCUCUGUCAUCUCCAAAUGUCAGUGCUUUGCUGAAGAUCAAAAUUAUGUCAUGGAGCCAAGAGACUGGUUUACCUCUUUCUGUUCGUGUUCGUGUUGCUAACAGAACCUUUAACCUGCACAAGCGUCCUCUUUUCUCAAAGAGUGGAUACUUCAAGGGAAGAUUGAAUGAAUCAAAUGAGAUUGAGCUGCCACAAAAUUUUCCCGGUGGAGCAGAUACCUUCGAGAUGAUAGCCCUCUUCAUCUAUGGAUCCUCUACUAUGGUUGACCCUUUCAAUGUGGCAGGCCUGCGUUGUGCAGCUGAGUUUCUUGAAAUGACUGAGGAGUACAGUUCUGGCAACCUUUGUGAGCGUUUUGACAUAUACUUGAACCAGGUUGUCUUGCAAAGCUGGGAUGAUACUUUAAUUGUUCUCCAGAAGUGCCAAAAGUUGUUACCUUGGGCUGAAGAGUUGCUGAUUGUGAGCCGUUGCAUCGAGUCUCUUGCAUUCAUGGCUUGCAUGGAGAUUCUUGACCCUGAGAGGAGGCGAGAGAAACCAAUUGUGACAUUGGAGGCUUUGGCUAGUCAACCAUGGAGCUGUGAAACUGUUAAGGAGAUAGUAAGGCAAGAUUUGUGGAUUAAUGACCUUAUUGCGCUGCCAUUUUCUUUCUUCAAGAGGAUAAUAGGAUCAUUGAGAAGGCAAGGAAUGAAAGAAAAAUAUGUCUGCCCUAUAAUACUUUUCUAUGCUAACAAAUGGAUCCUCUCUGCAAAGAUGAAGAGGCAUGAAAGUCAUGAUGAUGAUGUAGAUGAUGAUUUCAAGAGCAAACUCUCACAUAUCCUACAAGGAAUUGUUGACAUGCUACCAAUCGAAGAGAAGGCUAGUAAAGGAAUUCCUGUUGGAUUUUACUUCUCUUUGCUAUCGCAAGCUCUCCAACUUGAAUUGAGGGAUGACAGUAGGGAAAAACUGCAGCAGCAAAUUGUAUGUAUGUUACACUUUGCUCAGGUGGAGGAUUUUCUCCGACCCAAGAGUAAGACAGAUUCCAUUUCUUGCUCCAAAGAGUUGGCUGUUAUGGAACAGAUAUUUUCAACAUAUGUUUCAUCUUACAUGGGGCCAUGCCAUACUCCUUCAAGCAAUGUCAUUGUUGCAGAAUUAUGGGAUAUGUAUCUGUCACAGGUAGCUACUGAUUUACGACUGGAUUCCAAAAGAUUCAUGGAUCUCAUUGAAACCUUGCCGAUGUACAGCAGGCAAAACCAUGAUCAUCUGUACAGAGCUCUGAAAACCUUCCUCGAGGCACAUCCAGAUUUAUCACAAGAAGAGAGAGGUUUUGUCUGCAAAUACCUGAAUUGCCAGAAACUGUCACAGGAAAUGUGCAUUGAAGCAGUUCAAAAUGAACUGAUGCCACUGCGACUUAUUGUUCAGGCACUAUUUGUUCAGCAACUAAAUACACAGCAAGCUUUUAAAGAAUGUUCAGAUUCAUUCAGGUACACCCAUUGUAAUGAAUUAUCAGGAAGCAUCUCAAGCUCGAGGUAUGCUAAUUCCAAAAGCCAGAACUUAGGAGAAAGCCCAGACAUGGAUGGACGUGAGGGAGGCUGCAAACUGAGCUUCUUAUUGCAGAAAGACAAAGCAAUGCAAAGGCCAGACAUAGAGAAUGAAAUCUCAUGGAAGGAUUAUGAAUCUACAAGCUUCAGAAUCCAAAAUCUUGAGCAAGAACUAAUCUCUUUGAAGAGAGCGCUUAAAGUGCAAAAUAUUUCAAAGAAAAGGGAACCACCUCAAGCGCACACAGAACCACUUUCAGGACGGCUCCGGACUGCAAGACCAUAUGGAUUCGAGGGAAGAUCAAUGAGCAAGAAGAAAAAUGCCGUUGGGCAGGUGACUGCUUGCAUUGGAAAUGUGAAUCUUGCAUCCCAGAGAAAAUAUGCUAGUAAGUUGCUUAAAAUUUUCCACAGGAUUAGUAUGUUUGGAAGGGGAAAAGCAAAACGAAAGCCUAGUACGACUACAGGCAAAUCUAGUGUAGUUACCAGCACUGUAACCUUUCACAAGCAAAGAUGGUAUGAAGGAAAUAUUGCUCUUUACUUGUCAGAGCUCUCCAAUUUGUUCCCCAGUGAAUCAAGCCUGGAAAGAUGGCAUGAUUGUGUUACUAUCUUGUUAAAUCUUUUACACACAAUUAAGCAAAUUCAGAUAAGCAUGGAGAUAUUAACAGAUGGUAGCAGACCAGUUUCCAUUCUACAGAGUAAACUGAAAAAGCAUACAUCUGCUUUUGACAUUCUUGUUGGCAUAGAAAAGAGUUACUAG